AUGCUAAUGACUGAGACGUACACUUUGGCAGGUGCCACGAUUUCUAACAAUAACAAUCUCAUGGACGUUGACGCUGACGUUAUAAAUGAGCGAUUACGACUAAAAAUUCGACCAAGUCCACCUCAGUUUCCAUACCGAGAUGAUCCAUUUGAACUCACUGUGUACCUUGUAGAUCCAUCUGAUCACCUUAAAUCGGAUGUGACGGUGCCACUGAACGUGGAACUUUACUCGGCUGAGAAGAUGAUGCCCGUGGAGAAGGACAUUCUACACAUUGAUCCAAGUACAAAGCCCAUUAUGAAUGGGGACGGAAUCUGUAAACUUCGUAUGAGCAUCAGUGAGUGUUCAAUGGCACUCGGGAACCGGAAAUUUGUGCUUCAUAUCUCGGCUGCGACGACCAAAGAGACUGUGAAUUUAAACGUCACACCAGCUGUGACAUCCGAGAUGACAGUGAUUCAGCAUCGUUUACUUGUUCAAGAGAAGCUACCUGAGCUCUGGUAUAAGGAUGAGGGCGGCCGUGACAAGUGUAUGACGCUGCCCAUUUACCUUGUGAAUGCCAAGAACGAACGUGUGGGCAAUCGCCCCGUGCCGCUACGUGUGACGCUGCUGUAUGAAAACGAGCACCCAGUGCUGAAGCAGGACAUCCUCAAAAUGUCACCAGACUGCCAGCGGACUAUUGACUUGACGGGCAAGGCAGUGCUCAAGUUACGUAUCGAGGACGUGUCGAAGAACCAUCAGGGCCAAGCUUUUCGUCUCAAGAUCGAGGCUGACACAGCACAGUCGCCGCUUAACUUUGACGUGGCAUACGACCUCAGCUCGUCCAUCUCUGUGCGCUCGAAGCGCAACAAGCGCCGACUGGGCAAGAGUGUUCCGACGCAGAUCACACACCACAUCACCAAUGGUGGAUCUACACCGAUGUCAACGUCGUCAUCGCCAGCUUCGAACGCAGAAAAUGAGAUGAUGCUGGCCAGCGCUUUUGGCACUGCCGCGUUUACAGCAGAUGAUCGCCGCAAACGGAUGCGCACCGGAGGUGGCGCGUCCCCUGUUACUCCGCGUGUAGGCGGUAGUCCUCAGUCCAGUAAUUCGCUGACUGGUGCGAUGGAAAGCAUUUUAACUUGGACUGGCGGGGUCGUGAACGGACUCCACCAGUUGGAAUGGCAAACGGUGGGCUAUGAAAGCAAGAGUGACGGCAGGGCCGACCCGGAACGACCUAUAUACCGCUGCCCAGCAUGCUGGCGCUACAAAGAUGUCAUGACAUACGAAACAGCCCAGCACGAUACAAAAUGUUUGAUUGCCAAUCUUUUGCUCACGUAUGCCACGGAUACAAUGGGGCACCUUGACUUUGUGCUCAAGGGCAUUGAGCGAUUUCCAGCGAUGAUCGCCAGCGCGCAGGCUGCCGCACAAAAAGCAGCAGUGAAACCGAUGGGGCAAAUGUCAAACCAAAAUACUGGUGGACCGUCACUUAUAAGCCCACAUAAUGGUGGCAUGCUGGAUGUGAAUCCGUUGGUCGACGAUACAUCCUCGAACCAGCAAAUGAUGAGUUCGUCUAUGAUGAUGAACUCUACGAUGGGACCUAGCGCAUCUGGAAACCAGUUUUCUAUGGGCAACAGCUCGUCUGGAAUGGCUACAACGACUUCAGGUGCUAUGAGUGGUCUGACUGGAAUGGAGGGUCCUCCUGGUUUGUUCCGCAACAACUCGGGUGGGCUUACAGAAUUUAUGCGCUCGCUGGAUGACCAAGACUCAAGCGACCCGAUGUUUUAUCAGAACCUCGCUGGCAAUGCAAGCAACAACAACCAGAUCGCCGAUGCGAUUGAGAUGCAAGUGUUUUACGUAGUUGCACGCAUGAUCACGCUAAAUGCCAGCAACGCCAUCGGCUUUCCGGCCUUUGACGUUAGUAUGAACCUGUUGGGAUUUUACCAAGAGGGUCGUGAGAAUGCGACGACUGAGGUGGUGUUUGUACCUGUGAGCAAUAUCUCUGCCAUUUCUCAAGGCGAGAUCCUGGAGACCCAGCGGCUGCUGCAGGCGGAGAUGAAGAGCAACAGCUCUGCGGUGCACACGUUGGCGCGCUGUAACAAUGAUUUGGUAAAGCUGAAGGAAGAUGUGAUCCUUUUCCAUUGGAACGCGAAGGACCGGAUUGCUCCAAAGUGGUAG